AGCGUAGUGGAGUGCGGUUUCGUCGCAAUAGCGGCAACAGCAAAAUCUAGUUGUACGGCGUUUUGGAAUCGGAGGGAGAGGAGAAUCCAUUCCAAACGGCGCCGUAUUCCUUAAAAGGGGGAACUCUAACACCGGAAUUUUCCUCACAAACACAAUAAUCGAUUCGAACGUUCUUGAAGUUGAAAGUCAUUAACUAUGGGAAUGAUAGUGGAGGUUGAAAACGAAAACGGAGACCUAAACGACGCCGUUCUUGUUCCACCCCCUAACUUCUCCAUGGUCGAGGACUGCAUUUUCCGAUCCGGCCUCCCCAACCCUUCCAAUUUCCCCUUUCUCCAAACCCUAAACCUUCGUUCCAUCAUAUACCUGUGCCCUGAGCCUUAUCCGGAAGAAAAUCUGGACUUCCUUCGUUCGCAGAAUAUUCGCCUUUUUCAAUUUGGAAUUGAGGGGAAAACGGACAUUUCUAUGCCUAUUCUCAAGGAUUCUAUCAUGGAUGCACUGGAAGUUUUAAUUGAUGUGAGAAAUCACCCUGUUUUGAUCCAUUGCAAGCGAGGAAAGCAUAGAACAGGUUGCCUUGUUGGUUGCUUGCGAAAAUUACAGAACUGGUGUUUGUCCUCUGUGUUUGAGGAGUAUCAACGAUUUGCUGGUGCUAAAUCCAGGACAAUGGAUUUAGCAUUCAUAGAAAUGUUUGAUGUUCUAAGCCUGAGUCAGUGCCUUUACAGCAUCAUCUACCAGUACCAUGGUUCAAAGAAGCGUCGGUUGUUGUAUAAAGAUGAGAAUUUACAGAAGCCCCGACUGACAUCAUUUUAGCUGUGCCGGGAUCUUAUUCUUCUUACCCUUUUAUUUUGUAGAACUCAUACUCAAUAUAGUUGCUCAGAUUCAUACAUCGUUGUUUUCAAAUUUCUUUUAAGACUACUGCUAAAGAAAAACAUAUGGUCUUGUCUUUUCCACCUUUCCUGUUACCGUUAAAAUGUUCACUGUCUUACACCUUCAGAAAUACAUUGGUGCAACCAAUUCUUUUUAGUGGGUAUGCAUUAAUUGUGAGUGUGAUAGGCUUUUGAAGCAAAUAAUAACAUUUCUUUUCUUAGCAUAUAAGAAAAUUUGGAUCUGGUAUUUCCAAUGAUUGGAUACAUGUGGUGUUUUCAUGAUCCUUCUCAAGUAAACACAAGAAGGGGAUAGGUGCGAAUUUGGUAACUCAGCAAAAAGGAGGUAGCAACUUGGAUUGGCUUAGCGGUUGGAAUUUGAAUAUUGGUUGGUUGGAGUCUACUGUUUAUUGUCCAUAAGUGAAGAAAAGUCAGCAGAGCUUUUAAGACAAUGGGACCAAUGUGUCACCUCGACUUAUCCGAGAGAAAUUCGUGAAGAAAGAAAGUGUAUCAUUUUCCUUUUGAUUAAUAAGUUGGGCCUUGUGGAUAGAAAUGAAGAGCGAACUCAGCGAAGCACUUGAAAAGGCUGUUUGGAUUGAUGUAAAGGAACAAUAUUAUGUUUUAUUUGGUACGCAUAUUGCUCCU